AUGCGACGGGGUGGGGGGGCAUGCCCCCAGCGGCCGCCAGCCCUGGGGGUGCCUCGCAUCCCGCUGGCCGCCUGCGUAGGAAGUGGGGGAUGGGAUACAUGCCCGCCAUCUGCAGGAACAACCUGGGUCAGUGAAAUAUUGGAUUUGAUCUAUAAUAAUGGAAAUGCAGAGAAGUGUAAAAGGGAUGCAAUAUACAAACGGGUACCAUUCAUGGAAUUAAUAAUCCCAGGAUUUGCAAAUGGCAUUGAACUGCUGAAAACGAUGCAGUCUCCUCGAUUGGUAAAAACACACCUACCUGUUCAACUUCUUCCUUCUUCAUUAUGGAAGAAUGACUGCAAGAUGGUGUAUGUGGCACGAAAUGCCAAAGAUGUGGCUGUCUCCUACUAUUAUUUCUAUCAGAUGGCAAAAAUGCACCCAGAACCUGGUACCUGGGAAGAGUUUCUGGAUAAAUUCAUGUCUGGGAAAGUGUGUUUUGGUUCCUGGUAUGAUCAUGUGAAAGGCUGGUGGGAGAAGAGAAAAGAUUAUCGUAUUCUUUACUUAUUCUAUGAAGACAUGAAAGAGGAUCCAAAAGGCAAUCUUCUUAAGUUGUUAAAAUUCUUAGAAAAAGACCUCCCGGAAGAAAUAGUGGAUAAAAUCCUUUAUCAUAGUUCAUUCAAUGUGAUGAAGCAGAACCCAAAAGCAAAUUAUACUACUAUGGAAACAUGUGAAAUGGAUCAUUCUGUGUCUCCCUUCAUGAGAAAGGGUAUUUCAGGAGACUGGAAGAAUCAGUUCACUGUAGCUCAAUAUGAAAGAUUUGAAGAAGAUUAUGAAAAGAAGAUGAAAGGGUCUACACUGCAGUUUAGAUCAGAUAUCUAA